AAUUUGUAUGGAAAUUUCAAACAAUUGUACCUGUUGAAGAAGAAGAAUAGACAUCUUAAAGUUAGUUUGUCAAUUGGUGGCUGGACUUGGUCCACUAAUUUUUCGGCUGUUGCUUCUUCUCAUAAUUCUAGAGAAAAAUUUGUUGAUUCUGCAAUCAAAUUAAUGAAUGAUUUGGGUUUAGAUGGAUUAGAUAAUGCCAAUAACUAUGUAAUAUUACUUAAGGAUCUCAGAGAAGCAUUAGACCAAUAUGCUGAAUCAAAACAUGAAAUUCAUCAUUAUCUCUUGACAACUGCUGUACCAU